AUGGAUUCAGAGGUUGCUCCAAAGUUUGCGCCCUUCAUUGGCAUGGGUGGCAUCGCUGCAGCAAUGGUUUUCGGAUCUAUCGGUGCUGCAUAUGGGACCGCAAAAUCCGGUAUCGGUAUUGCGGGAGUGGGCACCUUCCGACCUGACCUGAUUAUGAAGUGCCUAAUUCCCGUCGUUAUGUCAGGCAUUAUAGCUGUCUACUCUUUAGUCAUAUCGGUCCUGAUCGCAGAAGACUUAACACCGCCAUCCGUGGGAAGCUACAGCCUGUUUGCCGGAUUCCUACAUCUUGGUUGCGGUAUCGCUGUAGGAAUGACAGGUCUAGCUGCGGGAUAUUGCAUCGGAGUCGUAGGUGAAGCCGGCGUUCGAGCAUAUAUGGAGCAGUCGAGGGUAUUCGUUGGCAUGGUACUGAUUUUGAUCUUCGGAGAGGUUCUUGGACUCUAUGGACUCAUCGUGGCGCUGCUUCUCAACACUCAAAGCAAGGGCUAA